AUGGCCGCGGGCGGCCGGGCGCGCGAGCCCCGCGUCCUCCUCUGCCUCGGGGCGCUGCUGGCCCGCUGGGUCACCGCAGGACUGGAGGCUGUUGUCGUUGGUGAAGUUCACGAGAACGUUACUCUGCACUGCGGCAAUUUCUCGGGACCCAGGGGCCUGGUGACCUGGUACCGGAACGACUCGGAGCCCGUCUUCCUUCUCUCCUCCAAUUCCAGCCUCCUGCCCAGCCAGCCUCGCUUCUCUCUAGUGAGCAGCAGUUCCCUGCACAUCGAGGCGCUGAGCCUGCAGGACGAGGGCAGCUACACCUGCCAGGAGGAGGCCCUCAAUGAGACAAGGUGGUUCCCUGUGCAGCUGAAGGUGGCCAGUGGCCCCUAUCAGAUCGAGGUCAACAUCUCUGCUGCUGGCAUCCUCCCCAACGGCACCCUCUACACUGCCAAGGGCUCCCAGGUGGACUUCAGCUGCAGCAGCGGCUCCCAGCCUCCGCCCGAGGUCGAGUGGUCCUUUAGCACCCCUGUCAGGUCGGAGUCCUUGGGAACAAACCUGACGGUCAACUGCUUCACGCUCUUGCUGAUGUCACAAAACCUCCAAGGGAACUACACCUGUAUGGCCAAGAACCUGCUCAGCGGGAGACAGCGAGAGGUGACCACGGAGCUCCUGGUCUACUGGCCCCCUCCGUCAGCUCCUCAGUGCUCGGCAGAGAUGCCGUCAGGAUCGUCAGGAUCGUUGGCACUGAAUCUCACCUGCCACUGGGAUGGGGGAUACCCUAACCCUAACUUCCUGUGGACAGAAGAGCCAGGAGGGGCCAUCGUGGGGGAGUCAGAGCUGGGGAUGGAGCUGCUGAACCUGUCCCAGCUGUCGGAUGGCAAGAAGUUCAAGUGCGUUGGGAGCCACAUAAUGGGGCCAGAGUCCGGAGCCAGCUGUGUGGUACAGAUCCGGGGUCCCUCCGUUUUCUCUGAGCCCAUGAAAACUUGCUUUCUGGGGGGCAAUGUGACGCUCACCUGCCAGGUGACGGGCGCCUACCCCUUUGCCAAGAUCCAGUGGCUGAGGAACCUCACGCAGCCCGAGGUGGUCAUCCAGCCCGACAGCCACUACCUCAUUGCCCAGAACGGCCAGAGCUCCUCCCUCACUGUGCACAACUGCUCCCAGGACCUGGACCAAGGCUACUACGUGUGCCGGGCUGAGAACCCUGUGGGGGUGCGCGAGGUGGACAUCUGGCUGAGCGUGAAAGAGCCUCUGAACAUCGGGGGCAUUGUGGGAACCAUCAUCAGCCUCCUCCUGCUGGGACUGGCCAUUGUCUCAGGGCUCAUGUUGUAUUAUAGCCCCAUGUUCUGCUGGAAAGCAGGAAGCACUUUCAGGGGACAAGACAUGGGUGAUGUCAUGGUAUUGGUGGAUUCAGAAGAGGAAGAGGAGGAUGUGGAAGAGGAAGAGGAGGAGGAGGAGGAAGAGGAGGAGGAGACCAAUGAAAGAGAAGAGUUGCCAAAAGAAAUGCACAAACAUGGCCACAUUCACAGAGUGACCGCAUUGGUAAAUGGGAACUUAGAGCAGAUGGGAAACAGACUCCAGGAUCUACAAGAUGACAUCAGUGAGCAACAUAGUGACAUCAUUCAAGAAGAAGACAGGCCAGUCUAAAGAAGAGGACUGGCCAUUGCUGUCUGGAAAGUGUGGGAGGCUCUGCGGAGCUCUUCAUUCAGCUUUGACCCCACUCGCGCCCUGCCGGAGAGUUUGCGUUACAAACACCCGGGGUCUCCCAGCGGAGAAGAAAAGCAGACACAUAGCUUUCCUUCCAUUUAAAAAAAAAAAAAAAUUGGUUUAAUUUGAUGUAAGUUUCCCCAAUGAUGUAAAAAUACUGUGGGAAGGAGCCCUUGGGGAGGUGGGGAGCUGCAGUUGGCAUCUGAGGUGCCAUUUUUGCUGUCACUCUUGGCCCUGUCCGGGCUGACAUACUGUGAUAGACAGGGAUUUGGAGAGACACACAUGAGGGAAGCACUUGGUCUCAGUGCCCUUGGCCAUUCCCCCAGCACAAAAGGGAAUACAUGGGGUGACAGGGAAACUUCCUUGAUCGCUGCCCAAGUGAGAAACCAGGCAACGGCAGCUCCCUGAGAAAGGUGACAUGUCUGCUACCAAAGCAAGUCAGAGGGAGGUGUUUGGGUCCGACACUCCUGCGCUUCUGCCUGGGCCUUGACUCUCCCAUGCUCCAUGUGCUUGGCCAUGUCUCUUGACCCCUCACGAGCCUCAGUUUUCCUCAUUUGUGAAAUGGGUGAAGACAUUCCUACAGGAGCCAGGCUUGUGGCGAGGCAAUCUGGGGUGUCAAAGUGCCUAGGAGGUGCUCAGUAGAUAUUAGUUACCUUCUAGCCUUCCUUAGUGGAAGAAAAAAACUGUUCACUGUCAAUUAGGAGUUGCCGGCAGACACUUUAGUUCUUUGCAGAAUGGUUUCCAAGAGGCCAUUGUCAGAGGUCAGGGGGAUCCUUUUCCCCCUGGAGGUAUGAUUCUUUACAAAAGAGGUAGGAACUGAUAAGAGGAAGUGCCUUUCAUUAGAAACUUACAUUUUUACAGAGCUUCACAUUAAAAGCCUCCUCCUCAGGGAUGGACCUAGGAUUAGCUUUCAGCUUUUCUCAUUCUUCUCUUGCUUUGAAAGGAGGCAAGAGGCACGUUUAUUUCCUAAGAGUAUCUGGUGAUAAGAACUUGGACAAACCCGUCCACCCAGCCCCAGUUUGUCUCCCCACCUCUGUAAUGGGAAAACUUGCAUCAUCUUAAUUCUUAAAAAUAUAAGGAGGAUAUACUGAUCAAAAACACUAAGUUUCAAAUGAAAAUGACAAGUGAUGAGUUUGGGUUGCUAAAGCUUCCAGUAGAUCCUUGGGUGGGUUUUCUUUUCUCCCUAAUUCCAUCCAAAUCCCUUGAAGUCAGGGACCAUAUAAAGGUGCAAUGGAUGUGUGCUAAACACGGACAUCUGACUUGAAUUUGUAUUCUUUAAUGUUGCAUAUUCUGUUCCAAUGGGCAAGACUUCGGGUUAAAAGUGAACUUCUCUUCUCCAGUACCAGAGAGGGAACUGAAACUCCCAAAAUGAGAAGCUGGUUUUCUGUAGUAACCUGAAGGUGUGGUUGGGAAAGUCUGUUUUUCUGGAGGAAGAGACUACACUGAGAAAAUCACUAGAAAUGUGCCCUGUUCCCAACUCAGGACACUGGGGAGUCUGGAGCUAGUGAAAAUUCAUAUCUCUCAGAAAUAGCUGUGAAUUAUAUUUCCACUUGGUUCAUUCCUUUGCUGCAUAGUAGCUCUUGGACUGGAUCACUCUGUAAAACUGUUGGUGUCAUUUUAGAAUGAGAUGCUCAGGUUGCUUCUGAACUCAAUGGAGAUUGACUAGUCUCUCUUUUAGUCUUCCAUGACUAAAUUUAAGAGUCUACUAUACAAAGAAAGAAAAAAAAAAAGACAAAAGUUAGGGGGGGAACCACUAGCUAGGAAUGCAAUGUUUUGCAAUAUCACUGGGAUAUUUUCCACAACUUCCUUUUGCCCACACACAUAACGAUAGGAAAUAGUUGAGGGUUUUUCCACUACCAAAUGGGAGCUUCAAGGGCUUGGUGCCAAACACUGUGAAGCCCUGACCAUCUGAGCUGUGUUGUCACUUACACGGACCCUGUGUUCACAUAUAUACUCGGGGUUAGUUAAAGAGCUCAGGCACUGAAGUUCUUCACAUUUCAAGGAUGUGUGAAGAAUUGGAGCUCUUUUUUCCCUUAUAACAUGAUCCACACCCAAGUUCACAAGCCUGUCAAUAGUAGGUUACAGCCUUUGUGUGGCAAAGUCCAUGGACUUGAAAAAAAUGUUAUCUGCAUGUAUUGUUAAUUCAGAGACCAUGAGAUACUAUUUAUCAGAACCAGGAAGGUAAACAUUCCAGGGCUAUUACAAUUACAUUGCUUUUCCUCAAAAACUGUUGAACACUGGGGAGGGGGCUCUGAAGUCCUGCGGCUUUGAUAUUAGCUCCAUUUCUUACAAGCACAUACAGGACCUAUAACUGCAGCUGGGAAAUACGUGAUGGAAAAUUUCUAUAACCUGUGCACUGAAACCUGGAGAAUCAUGGUUGCUGGGCAGAAUUUAUUAUGAUGCAAUAAGUGCCAACAUAUAUUCUCAUAAUGGGACUGGCUAGAAACUGCUGCAAAGAAAAAUAAGCAGAUUCCUCUGCAUUAUUUACGUUUUAAUAUUUGGUGGGUAAAGUUGGAAGAAAUUAGUUAUGAGUUUAUGGAUUUUUUUAAGAUUAUGGAAUAAAGUUAUUUUUAAAUAAA